AUAACCAAAGCUCGCCCCUUUCUGGCUUUCAGCAACAGCCUCCCUAGACCCUCCUCCUCCGUAAUCUCGCUCUCCUCGACCGGCCGCUUCUCUAUCGCUCUCUCUCGUGGUCACGCUCGAUCGGCGAUUGCCUCCAUUGUUGACUUCAUAACUUGUAUAAUUCUAUCUUUCUCUCUAUCUCUGAUGUGAUCAGUGCUGUUCGUUUGCCAUUAACAAUUAUUCUCUAAGCUUCGGCCUAUAUUGAAUGGUCCUCGUUAGAUUUUUGGCAUGCAAGUGGAUCAUUUCUCUCUAGGAUGUAUGCUUCUUGCUGAUGUUCUUUAAUGUUUCAAGAGCGAGUAGAUUAAGUGGAGCAAACUGGGAGUCCUUAGUUCUACCCGUUAUUGAGUUUAGUAGUGUCUUUCAUCCUGGAAUCUUCAAAACUAUGAGAGAAAUCAAAGUGAAGGUGAAAGGAUCUUCUGGAUUGUGUACUCUUGCAUCUGAUGGAGAUUCUGUAUCAGUGGAUGAACAAAAAACAUGUUCCUCUUCCUCAAGUGUGCAAUCCACCCCUGAAAUUGAAAAGAAGUAUGUUCAUCGUGUUUACGAUGCUAUUGCACCCCAUUUUAGUUCCACCAGGUAUGCCAAAUGGCCGAAAGUUGCAACCUUUUUGAAUUCAUUGCCUGCUGGUUCUGUAAUAUUGGAUGCAGGAUGUGGAAAUGGCAAGUAUUUGGGUUUAAAUCCUGAGUGCUUUUAUAUGGGGUGUGAUAUUAGUGCACCCCUCAUCAAAAUUUGUGCAGAUAGAGGACAUGAAGUUCUGGUUGGGGAUGCAGUAAAUCUUCCUUACAGAACUGGGUUUGGCGAUGCUGCAAUUUCCAUAGCUGUGUUACAUCACCUAAGUACAGAGAAUAGGAGGAAGAAGGCAAUUGAAGAAUUAGUCCGAGUUGUGAAAAAGGGUGGUUUGGUACUAAUAACUGUUUGGGCUGUAGAGCAGGAAGAUGGAUCAUUGGUUGCUAAAUGGACUCCUCUCACCCAGAAAUAUGUAGAAGAGUGGAUAGGGCCUGGUAGUCCUCGGGUUCGAAGCCCUUCUUGCAUCACUUUGGAAAGCAUCCCAGAAAAUGAGGAAAACAACAAUUCUAAAGAGCAUGUAAAAGACACCAAGGGUAAUGGAGAUGGGGAGUUGAGUAAUGCUAUGGAUUUAGCCUCUCGAACUGAAAAUGAUUUCAUAGUUUCUGAAGAUGAGAGGACUGCAAAGAAUCAACAGGAAUAUUUUGUCCCUUGGCAUUUACCAUAUCAUCGCGCUGAAGUUAGUGGCGCAUCUGCUUGUGCUCUUGCAAAUGGUUUGGCCAAAAAAGAUGAUAAAAAGGGUGCUGUAGUGUACAACAGAUACUACCAUGUUUUCAGUGAAGGUGAACUUGAAAGGUUAGCAACUGGCAUGAAAAAUGCAGUAGUAGUAGAUCGAUUUUUUGACAAAUCAAACUGGUGCAUCAUUCUUGAGAAAACUUCAUGACAAACUAGUUGAUGCGUCAAGGAGUCUUGUGGGGAAUUUCUCUUGUAGUCAUUCUGGUGUAUCAUCCAUACCUUUGUGGUGAAGUUGAUCGUCGCUGAACUCUGCUUGAUCCACAGUGGGGUUGGUAGGGAUUUCAAGGUUGUUACCUGUUAGCUUAGCAAGGGGGAUUGUUCCUGCUAAAGGGGAUUUUUGUUUUGUUUUGUUUCUUCUUUUGAACAGUUAUUGAAUACAACUGAGUUUACCAAUGCUGAUAAUUAUUUGUUUUUUGUGAUCAAA